AUGGCCGCAACAACCACCCAGCCCAUCACCAUCUCCCACACCCGCGAGUCCACGAGCUUCCUCGAGCUCAGCUCGCCCACAAGCGCCACAAGCUCCUCCCCGGGCCCCUCCUCGCCAACGCCCUCCUCCUCCUCCUCCUCAUCGAGCGCCGCCUUCUCGCCGACGCUCUCCGACUUCGCGCUCCCGCCCGCGGACCCGUGGCGCGCCGCCGCCGCGGAGUCCGCCAUGGGCAUCCACUACACGCUCGAGCCCUUCCCCACGCCCGGGCAGACCGUGCUCGGCCCGCCGUUCCGCAACGUGCCGCUGGCCGUCGGCGCGGGCGCGCGCGUCGCGCUGCUCGACGCGGACCGCGACGACGGGCUCACGCACCACGUGCGCGUGCGCGUCCUCGCGACGGGCGACGUCGGGUAUCUGCCCGCGUGGAACCUGGAGGGCGCGCUGGAGAGGCUGGCGAGGGUGAACAUGGAGUUCAACGAGGCGGCGACGUGCCCGGCGGAGCGCAAGACGCUCUCGCGGAGAGGCCAUUCCGCCCCGGACCUCUCUCGACAGCCCGAAUCUUCCUCCCCGCCCUACGCACACCUCCACGCAUCCCUCGUGCACGAACACGAUCGCUGCACCCCUUUCUCUACCCGGCUCACCUACCGCGUCGGCCCGCCGCCCGACGAAGAGGACGACGACGAGGUCACGGACCCGUUCCUUAUCGACGCCGACGUCGACGAGGCGUACAUUAGCAGGAAACGCGCGGGAAGGCGGAAGUCGGUCGGGUUUGCGGAGGUGGCGAGGGCGAAGGUGUUCCGGUACCCGAGUGCGGCGCUCGUGGAGGCGUACUUCGGGGAGGCGACCGAGGAGGAGGGCAGUGAGGAGGAUGCGGAAGACGUCGGUGGCGCGAAGAGGAGGGAGGAAGAUGAGGAGUGGUGGUGGGCAGGCUGGGAGGAGCACGGGGAUGAUAGUGAGGAUGUGUUUGAGGACUGUGAGUAA